CGUCUCGCCCCUCCCGCGUCCAUACUUGGUACAUCUGUCAUGGUAAACUUCAAGGUCAGGAACACCCACUCUGCAGGCGAGGAGGGGGGUCGAGCCGCCGGCAGAUCUCACCCCUCACUCACCACCGUCCUGCCUAUGGGGGAAUGCACAGGCAGAGGGAUCAGAUGCUCGGGGCUGGGAUGCUGAGUGGUGCAGGCUGCUGUGCAUGACUACAGCUCAGCUGCCGCAUUCAUGCAGAAGGAGCCCAGAGCUGGAGGAGUGAGCGGCGGCUCUGCGGCUUCCCCCCCUGCCUCCGCACACACCGGGCACCCGCACUGAUCGCAGCACCAUGCCCCCGCAGACCUUCGCCCGCGACACGUCCCCCCUCCUCCGCUGGGACGAGGUGCCCGAUGACUUCGUGGAGUGCUUCAUCCUGUCCGGGUACCGGCGGCUGCACCUGACCGCCCAGGAGUGCCUGGCAUCCAUCUUCCAGCCCACCAACGAGACCCUGAACUUCUGGACGCACUUCAUCCCGCUGGUGCUGUUCGCCAGCCGCUUCUACCAGGUGAUCUUCCUGGCCGGAGAGCUGCCCUGGCACCACCCUGCGCUGCUGCCGCUCUGGUGCUAUGCCUCGGGGGUGCUGCUGACAUUUGCCAUGAGCUGCACUGCCCAUGUGUUCAGCUGCCGCUCCCUGCGCCUGCGUGCCGCCUUCUUCUUCUUGGACUAUGCCUCCAUCAGCUACUACGGCUUCGCCAGCACCUUGGCUUACUGCUACUACCUGCUGCCCAGGCUGAGCCUGCUGGACCCGGCGGUGAUGACCCCGUACCUGCAGAGCCUGGGCUGGCACUGGCUGGACUAUGGCAUGCUGAUGGGGCUGUACAGCGAGCUGGUGCUGCCAGUAGCCUUCCUGCUGGCGGUGACCUGCACUGUGGCCUGCUGCAGGAGCAGAUCCGAGGAUUGCACCUACCCCUUUGCCAUCCGCACGUUUGUCUUCGUCAUGCCUCUCAGCAUGGCAUGCCCGGUGAUGAUCGAGAGCCUGCUCUUUGACCUGGGCAGGAAGAACCCCAUUCUCUUCGUGCACUUCUACAGAAGGUACUUCUGGCUGCUGGUGGCUGCCUUCUUCAAUGUCAGCAAGAUCCCCGAGAGGAUCCAGCCAGGGCUUUUUGACAUCAUCGGCCACAGUCACCAGCUCUUCCACAUCUUCACCUUCCUCAGUAUUUAUGACCAGAUGCAAUAUGUGGAGCAGGGGCUGGAACAUUUCCUGAAGGCUCCUCACACCUCACCCACCAUCUACGGGACAUUAGGGUACCUGGUGCUGCUCAUCUUCUGCCUGGGCAUGGUAGUAAGAACCUAUCUGAAGGGACUGUCCAGCAGUAAGCAGGACUAAGGCUAGCUGGGUGCAACCAUGCUGGAGGCAUCAGGAAACCAUUGUGUUUUUCAUAAAAGGAGGCAACAUCUGUUGUCUGGGGUUAAUCUAAUUGAUAUUAUUUUGCUUGAUUUUAAUGUAACCUACCAAAGGAAAUGUCCUUAUUAUGUGUACAGAAGGCACCUACCUGUCAGACACAUUUGACACACUAGAUGUCCCUUGAUCCCCAGUCCACCUUCAGACUUACCUGCUCAACAUUUAUCUACCACUAACAUGUAAAAUGACCAUGCUAUAAUUGAAAUGUUUUGCAUCGUUCUAAAUUCUUGAUUGACCCUGUGAUUGUAGUUACGAGACACACAAAGAUUUCCUAAAUACCUUUGUCACAUUUUCCAGUAGAUGGACACAUUAUAGCAUUGGUCGCGCAUCUCCUGAUCUGCACGUCUAUGCUUAGUGAUAUGAGCUGCACACUUUACAACUCCCCUCCACCUCCUUUUAUUUAUCUAGUGCCCACCAGUCAUGGUUGCAACCAGGCAGAGAUGAUAAAACUGAACCACUUGAAGAUGCAUUCACUCUUCGUGCACACAAGGACCACAGUAGGUGACAUCUCACUAGUGCUCCUAGAUACCUCCACACUUCAUGACCCGAGUAUUUACUGACUGUGGCGCAAAACGCUGCUAACAUUCCCAUAUAGGUGCAUAUUUCUAUUAUGUGCCACAGUACGUUCUUCCUGGGAUCUGAUGCUGCUAACAAUCUGUGUGAGCCGGGAAACACCAAAACUCUACCUGAAAAGGUCCAUCUCAUAGAGGACCUCAGCCUGGGGCUUCUUGCACUGUCUUCAUGCGGUGCUUCUAAUGGACAGCACAGGAGAGUAUGAUCUUAACUUUGGGGAUUCUUUGAUGUCAUUUGAAUAGGGGUGUUAGAAUAGAUAAAAUUAGUAAUUAAUAUUUGGGUUCUUGGAGUAUGUCCGCGGCAGGAUCUGUCAUAUUAGCGAGAAGGUGGCACUUUUUAAAGGGAAACAGUCAGCAACUUUUAAGAGGACCUUUCACCG